CAGGUGAGCAGUCUGCUCGUCGGGGCGGCCCGCAGCGGCGGCUCCAGGGCCCAGCAUGCGCGCGGGCCCCCGCGGCCACCAUGUACGUGGGCUAUGUGCUGGACAAGGAUUCUCCGGUCUACCCCGGCCCCGCCAGGCCCGCGAGCCUCGGCCUGGGCCCGCAAGCCUACGGCCCCCCGCCUGCGCCCCCGGGGCCCCCGCAGUACCCCGACUUCACCAGCUAUUCUCACGUGGAGCCUGCCCCCGCACCCUCUGGGGCCUGGAGCGCGCCCUUCUCUGCGCCCAAGGACGACUGGGCCGCCGCCUAUGGCCCAGGCCCCACGGCCCCUGCCGCCAGCCCAGCCCCGCUGGCAUUCGGGCCCCCUCCAGACUUUAGCCCGGUGCCCGCGCCCCCUGGGCCUGGCCCAAGCCUCCUGGCGCAGCCGCUCGGCGGCCCGGGCGCACCGUGCUCGCCCGGAGCGCAAAGGCGGACGCCCUACGAGUGGAUGCGGCGCAGCGUGGCGGCUGGAGGCGGCGGUGGCAGCGGGAAGACCCGGACCAAGGACAAGUACCGCGUGGUCUACACCGACCACCAGCGCCUGGAGCUGGAAAAGGAGUUCCACUAUAGCCGUUACAUCACCAUCCGGCGGAAGUCAGAGCUCGCUGCCAAUCUGGGGCUCACUGAGCGGCAGGUGAAGAUCUGGUUCCAGAACCGGCGGGCCAAGGAGCGCAAAGUGAACAAGAAGAGGCAGCAGCAGCCCCCACCACCCCCCCCACCAGCCCACGAAGUCACCCCCACCGCAGCUGGGCCGCCCCUGGGGGGCCUGUGUCCCAGCUCUGCCAGCCUCUUGGGAGCCUCCUCCCCAGUGCCAGUUAAGGAGGAGUAUCUGCCGUAGCCCCCUGCCCAGCCUUGUGGGCUGGGGGCCUAGGGACUCAGGUGCUGGGCAUGUGGCUCCCGUUAAGGCCUAGGAGGCCUGGUCUGAGUCCCAGCCUUGCCACUAACCUUGGGUAACCUUGGACAAGUUGCCCACCCAGCCCUGCAUCCCCUUGACCCAUCUACACCUGGAGCCUGUGGAAUAAGGACCUUUCCAGCUCCUGUGUUCUAGGCCUCAGGGGGGAGG